AUGGCAGCCUUGGCCAGCUCGCUGAUCCGGCAGCGCGGGGGAGGCAGGCGCGCCCCUCCCCGUCCCGCAGGGCCUCGCGCCCCCAGCGCCCCCGCCCCCCUCCUGUGCCAGCAGCAGCUCCAAGGGCUCGUGGCCAAAGUCCGGGGGUGCGGCGCAGGAGGAGACCCCGCGCAGCCCCCGUUUAUGAGGGAGUUUGAGGGCUAUGAGGAUUUGGGAGGAGCCCUGACCCCCUCCCCGGCAGAGCCGCAGCUCCGCGGGGCCAUCGCUCGGCUCCGGGGUCACGGCCACUUCCUGCACAUGGGACCCGGCGGGCGCCUCGGCGGCACCUGGGAGGAGGCGGGGCCUGGAACCCUGUUUAACCUGAUCCCGGUGGGGUUGAGGGUCGUGGCCAUCCAGGGCACCCGAGCCGGGCGUUACGUGGCCAUGAACGGGGCCGGGCUCGUCUACACGUCCGUCCAUUUCACCCCGGAAUGUCGCUUCAAGGAGUGUGUGUUCGAGAACUACCACGUUCUCUACGCCUCAGCCCUGUACCGGCAGCGGCGCUCGGGCCGCGCGUGGUACCUGGGGCUGGACCGGCACGGCCGCCCCAUGGCCGGGCCCCGCGUGCGCAAGGACAAAGCAGCCGCUCAUUUCCUGCCCCAGCUGCUCGAGGUCGCCCUGUGCCGGGAGCCGUCCUGCACGAGGUUGAGGGCCCCAGGACCCCCUGGGGACCCCCACCGGGGACCCCCGGGUGACCUCUGA